GUGUGUUUCUUGAAAAUAAACCAUGUGUUUUAUAGCAAAUGAUUCUUUAUGAACCAUGCCAUAACCAUACUGUCCUCUUGCUCUCAUCAUAAUCCCUGGCUUGCUUUUAUCCAUACUUAAACAUUCUUAGGUAAAAGAAUAAAACCCAGGAAUUUCAUUUGAAAGUUCUACUAAAACAGAAAAAAGAGCAGGCGUCAUGGGAAGGGACAAUUAAUGUGGAGAGAGGAAAUGUCUAACUGUGUGAAAUGGCAUGCCCCAACAUCCUGAUUUCCCUCAAUUUAGUUACCAGAGACGUGAGCUGGGGAUGUAGUUGUGCAGAGAAUUGUUUUCUACUCAUUAUUUGUUGGUUACUAUAGUACCAUUUAGUCCAAUUAUCACUGAAGAUUACGUAAUCUGUUUUGAUUGAACAGUUUCAGAGAAAAUAAAGGUGUCUUGUUUUCCCCAGUGGGAAAAAAAAUGCCAAACUGUUCCAGCAAGCAAGUUGGCCUACUAGUAAACACUGAAAAUUAUUAGACUAAAUUAUGAGUUAGAUUUGAAUUGAAAACAAAACAUCCAUUGUACCAAACUCUCCACCGCAUUCAGGAGGAUGUUAUUAUGUUUCUGGCAACAACAAUUUGUCGAUGGCACACACAAAAAUAACCAAGUCCAUAGGAGGCGUUAGUAACUUCACGUAAAGAGUGUGGGAAGCAUUGACAGAGCUUCCUUUUUUCUCCCUAUUCUGUAGGCGCUUUAGUGCAGAGUUUGCCCAGUGACGCCAGGGUAGGAGCUUUCUGCAUUUGUAGACUGGUGCACUCUUUCGUUUCUGUUUUAGUCCUUUGCUGGCAUGCUUGAAAAGCAUGGUUUGUGCCACACAGGAAUGUCUGUUCCCUUGAAAAAUGCUUGUGCAUGAAUAAAAUGAUUUGCCAAUGCUCCUCUAUACUGUACUAAGUUUCUCAUUUGGCUUUAUUUGCUGCUUACAAGGGGAUCCAGGCCACCAGUGAGCAGGGCAGCUCCCCAGCCAGAGAAACUUCAGAAGAAUAAUAUCACCAAAAAAAAGAAACUGGUUGAGGAGCUGGCUUUAGAUCACGUAUUUGGCUAUAGAGGAUUUGAUUGUCGUAAUAACCUGCAUUACCUUAAUGAUGGUGCCGAUAUAAUCUUCCACACUGCAGCAGCAGGCAUAGUUCAGAACCUCUCUACAGGAAGUCAGAGUUUCUAUCUGGAACACACAGAUGACAUUCUCUGUUUGACCGUAAACCAACAUCCUAAGUAUAAAAAUGUGGUAGCCACCAGCCAAAUAGGUGAUAUUGUGGAAAUCCCAGGUAAGGCUGUUUCAUCUAUGAGUAGUUUUCAUCCACACAGCAAAACCCUUUCAAACUUUUAUGUCUUCUGGUUGUAUCAAGAUGAACUGAAGAUACAAACCACAUACUAUCCCAGAUUGUUUCUUUGUAUAAAAUCCUUCAUGAGUGUUUGUCAUUGACAUAGUAUCUGUCUCCAUGAGCAAGAUGUUUUCCCAUUUUCCUCCAAUUAUUCCAGACAUUUAAUAGUUAAUGACUUUUUGAGCCCAAUAAGAAAUUUUGAUUGCCCCUAAGUUAGUCUUUUUUAAAAGAAAAAGGUUUCUACAUAAUUUUAAACCAACAGGUAACUUGAAAUUUCUUUAACCUUAAUUCUUUAUUGUACUUUCUUUGAUUCUCAGGAACAACGCCUUCAAUCCACAUAUGGGAUGCAAUGAGCAAGCAGACACUUUCAAUGCUUCGAUGUUUCCAUGCAAAAGGGGUUAAUUAUAUUAAUUUCAGUGCUACUGGCAAGCUCCUGGUGUCAGUAGGAGUAGACCCUGAGCAUACGAUCACAGUCUGGCGUUGGCAAGAAGGUGCCAGAGUUGCCAGCCGAGGGGGUCAUCUCGAACGAAUAUUUGUGGUGGAAUUCCGUCCAGACUCUGACACACAAUUUGUAUCAGUGGGAGUCAAGCACAUGAAGUUCUGGACCCUGGCUGGCAGUGCCCUACUGUAUAAGAAAGGGGUGAUUGGAUCCAUGGAAGGUGCCAAAAUGCAGACCAUGCUCUCUGUGGCCUUUGGUGCUAACAAUCUCACUUUCACUGGCGCCAUAAAUGGAGAUGUCUAUGUCUGGAAGGACCAUUUUCUUAUUAGGCUGGUGGCCAAAGCUCACACAGGCCCAGUCUUUACAAUGUAUACAACUCUUCGAGAUGGACUGAUAGUCACUGGUGGAAAGGAGAGACCGACCAAAGAAGGAGGAGCUGUGAAGCUGUGGGACCAGGAGAUGAAGCGCUGCCGAGCAUUUCAGCUAGAAACCGGGCAGCUGGUGGAAUGUGUACGCUCAGUGUGUAGAGGCAAAGGGAAAAUUUUAGUGGGAACCAAAGAUGGAGAAAUAAUUGAAGUUGGUGAAAAAAAUGCUGCUUCCAACAUGUUGAUUGAUGGACACAUGGAAGGGGAGAUAUGGGGUCUGGCCACUCACCCUACCAAGGAUAUUUUCAUCUCAGCCAGCAAUGAUGGUACAGCCAGGAUCUGGGACCUGGCAGAUAAAAAACUUCUGAACAAGGUCAACUUGGGACAUGCAGCUAGAUGUGCUGCCUACAGCCCUGAUGGAGAUAUGGUGGCCAUUGGCAUGAAGAAUGGAGAAUUUGUUAUCUUAUUGGUGAACAGCCUGAAAGUCUGGGGGAAAAAAAGAGAUCGGAAAUCAGCUAUUCAGGAUAUCAGAAUGAGUCCAGACAACCACUUCUUAGCUGUGGGUUCAUCAGAGCAUACUGUGGACUUCUAUGACCUCACCCAAGGCACAAACUUGAACCGAAUUGGAUAUUGCAAAGACAUCCCAAGCUUUGUUAUUCAGAUGGAUUUCUCAGCUGACAGCAAAUACAUUCAGGUUUCAACAGGCUCUUACAAGCGUCAGGUCCAUGAAGUCCCACUGGGAAAGCAAGUGACUGAUGCUUCAGUUAUUGAGAAUAUCACCUGGGCCACCUGGACAAGCAUUCUAGGAGAUGAAGUCAUUGGGAUCUGGCCCCGAAAUGCAGAUAAGGCUGAUGUCAACUGUGCCUGUGUGACCCACGCUGGCCUGAAUGUUGCCACUGGAGAUGACUUUGGGCUGGUGAAACUCUUUGAUUUUCCAUGUACAGAAAAAUUUGCCAAACACAAGCGUUACUUUGGUCAUUCAGCCCACGUGACCAACAUCCGGUUCUCUCAUGAUGACAAAUAUGUGAUCAGCACUGGAGGAGAUGAUUGCAGUAUAUUUGUGUGGAGAUGUUUGUAAAAGAAAGAAUGAAAAAACACAAAAUCUGGAGAAAUAACUCACAUUAUUGCUGCACUUCAGAGGAUGUGGCCAGAUGCCUCCUUACCUUUUCAGGUGCUUGGAAACGAUUGAUGUUAAGAGGAUGCAGUCACAAUUGUGGUGUUCUAAGGAAGCACUCUAACAACCUGAAAUUUGCAAAACUAUUAAGUUCCAUGGAGAAGGAAAACCAAACUCAAGAUUUGGUGGCCCCUAUUCCUAAAGACUAAAAUUUUCAUCACACACACACAGAGAAAAUCUCGUCUGAUAAUGUAGCCCACUUGACAAAAUUUUAAGCCUCAGUUGCCCUGACAAUUUAUAGCUUUACUUUGCAUUGUAACUUCUUAAAGGUAUAUGUUUUAUGUCCUGUUUUCACACAUUUUAGGAGAUGUUCACCUUUUCAAAAUCAUUAUCUUGAAUAAGAUUAAUUCUAAGUUAUAUGCACUGGGAUAAAAGAAAUGCUAAAAGUACACUGUUUUCCACUAAAGCUAAACACUUUCAAAAACCAAAUGAGCCAUGUAUAAGAAAAAAGUUGAAAAUGUUAAUUUUUUAAUUUUAUUUGCAGAGUUUUAUAUCCAUAAAGUGCCUUUGAAAGUUUUUAGUCAUGUGGGCUACUUUCACCUCCCACAAAUACCUGCUUUCUACAUAUGGUGCUAUAACUUUAAAACUGAGGGCUAACCAAACACCUUUAGCAAAUAUGUAGUUUCUCAUUCGUGUCCUGCUUUUAUUUUUCACAAAAUUUAUAAUGGGCUGACAUAUGUCAUCUGCUCCAGAAAUAACGACUACGGGUGAGCUAAAGUUACUACAAAGCAGUAGGGAUGGAGUGGAGAGUGAAUGACUUGAGAUUUUCAUUAAGUUUUGUUCACUAGGCAGGUCAGACUCCAAAUCACCUUUUUCAAAAAUUCAAGAAAAAAACCUGCUUCCAGGGCACCAGAAGAUGGACUCCAAAACUUGUUCUAUGUCCUAGUCUAUACUUUGAUGGUAAAUAGCUAUGUGUCAAUUAAAAUCUUUGCUGCAAUUCCCUGAUAGGAGUUAUGGCUAACCUGGAUCUCAACCUUCCUCACAUCCCCAUUCCUUCUCACUUCCCACUUCUCAAAAACUGGCAGGCAGCCUUCAGCUAGCUGUUGGCUUUUUUGUCCAUUGUCUUGCUUCAGGAAGAGGCCAGAACAAAAAUCGCUGUGUGACAAAUUUAUAAGCCCCUGGGGUAUCUGAUACAACUUAGUCUUGGUAAAUUAAAAAAAAAAAAUAGGAUUUCCCAAACUACACCAUCUAAGAUUAUAUUAUGAUCUAUUACAAGUAAAAUAAACCAUGGUCAGUAAUGGACUACAGGGCCCUAACACAGUGCCUUGCAUAAAGAAGGCACUUAAUAUAAAUGACUACACCAUAGGGUAGUGAAUAAAGAGCAAAGGAAAACCUAAGUACCCUGUACUGACUAGACUGGCAGUAAGGACAGUAUGCACUAGCUAUUCCUUAUACAUUUACUGAACUGAACUACUGACAUUUAAGAGUUAUUGGUUAUUUUAUCACAUUUAAAACAAACAAAAAAAGCAAAAUGAACUAUCUUCAAUUAAGGAAUAAAAAUUCCAACAUCACAAGUGCUUCAGCAUUCUCAACAAAAUACAUCAUUCAUUAAGCUAUUUUUCUAUGCCAAAUUUAUUAAUGCCUUAUAUGUUAAUAAACAAUUAGUUUUGUCAGAUCCACGAGUCCCUAUGCAGUCUUCAUUAGAGUUUAAUUUUUCCCCCUUGUAUUUAUAAUGUAACCAUAUUGACUGGUGAUGCUGGGUGAUCACCACUUUUGCCUAUGUUGUACUACUGUUGGCCUUUCAUAUUGAUUGUACCUUAAAUAGAAAUAAACGUGAAAAUACAAUGAACUGAUCAAUGGUGAUAUGUGAAAACUAUUUAAGAGCAAUAGUGUCUGUGUGUCAGGAAAAUACAAUAUAUAAUUUGUAAGCAUUUAUAUGGUAUGAUUUUAUGUAUAAACCCUGCACUGUAUCCUAAUGUAAAUUAAAAUAUUGGCGCAUGAAUUUAUUUUUCAAUUGUUUAAAGUGUUUGAAAAACACAAUUUGAAAACAUUUUUGUUGUGUCAAAUAAAUUUGAUUACAUACA